UUUCGUGUUCUGAAUUCAGUUAAUAACAAGACACGGUCGAACGAUAGUCGAGGAGAUUUUGGCGAGUAGUAAAAAAGUUGAUUUUCGAAAACAAAAGAUCGUUCAGUUGAAAUAUCUGGUCUCGAACAAUAAAUAACUCCAUUUAAUUGUUAAAGUACGAUUUUUUUAAAGUACGCAAGUUUAUUAGAUUCAAAAUUACUUACAUUUACACAUAGUCUGGAAGUCAUAUUAAUCCCAUACCAAUGACAUUCCUACGGGUCUUCUGUACACUCACGCUAUGCAUCACUAUUGUGUUUGCUUUUGAUCAUACAUUAAGAUUAGAUUAUCCAGGACCGUAUUGUGAAGCGAGAAAUACUUGCUGUACUGACAGACAGGAUGGCUGUUCAAUGCCAAUAUCAACUACAAUAUGCUACUGUGAUGAAUUCUGUGAUCGCGAUCAUAGCAGCGAUUGCUGCCCUGAUUAUCGUUCAUAUUGCAAGAAAGAAAUUGACCCAAUUAUUUCUUGCUUACACAACGGAAUAUAUUUCAAUAAGUUCAAUACAACUAAAGACAAUUGCAAUGAGUGUCGUUGCUAUGAAGGAGGAAGAGUUGUUUGCGAUGAAGAUCUUUGCCUAACUGAUGACGAUAUUAUUAGAAAUGUAAAUUCAAUCAAUUCGCUUGGGUGGUCCGCACGUAAAUAUGAGGAAUGGUGGGGGCGCAAGUAUACUGAAGGAUUAACUUUACGACUUGGCACCAAAGAACCAACGUUUCGUGUAAAGGCAAUGACGCGUCUUACGAACAAAGGAACUUCUAUUCCAAAACAAUUUAAUUCAAUAGAUAAAUGGUCGAAUUUCAUAUCAGAUGUUCAAGAUCAAGGUUGGUGCGGUGCAUCCUGGGUAAUUUCUACUACUUCUGUCGCAUCCGAUCGAUUCGCUAUCCAGAGUCAAGGCAAAGAAGUUGUAAUGCUAGCACCACAAAAUAUUCUUUCCUGUACGCGCAAACAGCAGGGCUGUAGUGGUGGCCACUUAGAUGCCGCAUGGCGGUAUUUGCAUAAACAAGGUGUACUUACUGAAGAUUGUUAUCCUUAUGCUGGUGCAAAAGGCACAUGCAAAGUAAUGCACAAUCGCCGCUCUUUGAAAGCCAAUGGAUGCAGAGCUUCAUCUAACGUUGAUCGUGAUGAAUUAUAUACAGUUGGUCCUGCAUAUUCACUGAACAAUGAAACUGAUAUUAUGGCUGAAAUAUUCCAUUCUGGUCCAGUGCAAGCCACAAUGCGUAUUUAUAGAGACUUUUUCGCUUAUUCUGGUGGAAUAUAUCGACAUACAGGUGCUAGUCGCGGUAGCGAAACAGGGUUCCACUCAGUCAAAUUAGUAGGUUGGGGUGAGGAACAUAAUGGUAUUAAAUACUGGAUUGCAGCCAAUUCAUGGGGACCAUGGUGGGGUGAACAUGGAUAUUUCCGCAUAUUACGAGGCGAAAAUGAAUGCGGCAUUGAAGAAUAUGUUUUGGCAGCAUGGCCCAAUGUUUAUAAUUAUUAUAAAUCUAAGUUACCUUAAUCUAAGAGUUUUACCAAACCGAUAGCUCUAAUUGUAGCAACUUCUAUUGAUAUUAAGCCCUUAUAAAAGGAAAAUGCAAAAUCUGAUACUAACGCAAUUUUGUGUUUUAGCUUGCUAAGUCUACUUCUAACUAAUCGCAACUUUAAAUCUCGUAUUAUUUUUUAUUACUGCCUUAAAUUUGUUUGUACUGCCAAAACACUGCGGAAACUUUCAAAAUUAAUAUCUAUUUAUAUGUCUAUAUAGGAUUAUUUUAUACAAUAUAAUUGAGAAUUCAUGAUAUGUAUUUAAAUAUGCUGAGAUGAAAAAAUAAAAAAAAUCGAUAACUAA